AUGCCCGUCGAAGACAUCCGGGACGUCAUUCACAGAGAAGUAGAACUCCGGCGUGCAACCGUCCACGGCCUCUACGAGGAGAUUGCAGAGCUCCAGUCUAUCCACAACCUCGUCGCGCCCAUCAACUCUCUCCCCCCGGAACUCCUAAACAUGAUCUUCUCCUGCGUCGAGGACGCGUCCACGGAAAACACAGAUCUCAUUAGCGUCACCCACGUCUGCCGGCACUGGCGCGACAUUGCCCUCCACGCGCCCAUACUCUGGACGCGCAUUGCGCUCAAGCACCCCGAGGGCGUCCGCACCUUCCUCGACCGCUCCAAGGCACUCCCCCUC